AGCUGGCGGCCGGGGUUCUGGGGAGGGACCUGGGAGGCGUAGGGACCGUGUGGGCGGCACGGCCUGAGGAGGGAGAGGCGAGGGACUUCCGGGCCGGCCCGGGGACGCGGAGUUCUGGCGUCGGGUCAGUGGUCCUCGGCAGGAGGACUUCGGCCUCCUCGCGCCCCGGCCCGGGGUGACUGGGAGGGCCCGAGGGCCUGGCCUAGGCCGGGAGUGGGAGAGGCGGGAGUCCCGGCCACGAGCUCGAGGUCGGACUUUCGAGUUCCACUUCUUUGCUUCUCUUUUGAGGAAAGCGUUGAACAGGAAAAUACUUGCAUUUCAGCGUGUCCCGUCACUUGGGCGCUGUGCAGGGAGCUUUGCAUUUCUCGUUUCCAGGCGGCCCUCCGCCGCGCCGCACUCACGGGAGACCCGGAGCGGGUGGCCUGGAUCCCCGGGGCCGACGUCAGGACCGCCGGGCACCGACUAGGCGGCCUUUUGCUCCGUAAUUUUCUUGGUCGUGAACCUCCUCGCGACUCUCCAGCCUGGGGGCCAUGCCCUUAGCUGCGGUAAAGGGUAAUACUUAGUUUCACAAUGUUUGGGGACCUAUUUGAAGAGGAUUAUUCCAGUGUAUCAAAUACUAAUCAGUAUGGAAAAGGAAAAAAAUUAAAGGCCAAACCAUUGGAGCCACCUGCUCCGAGAGAGUUUACCAAUUUAAGCGGAAUCAGAAAUCAGGGUGGAACUUGUUACCUCAAUUCCCUUCUUCAGACUCUUCAUUUUACACCUGAAUUCAGAGAAGCUUUAUUUUCUCUUGGCCCAGAAGAGCUUGGUUCUUUAGAGGAAAAGGAUAAUCCUGAUGCAAAGUUACAGCGGUUGUUUGCACAGCUCCUGCUCUUAGACCAGGAAGCUGCCUCCACAGCAGACCUCACUGACAGCUUUGGGUGGACAAGCAAUGAGGAAAUGAGGCAACAUGAUGUGCAGGAACUGAAUCGAAUUCUCUUUAGUGCUUUGGAAACUUCUUUAGUUGGGACCUCCGGCCAUGAUCUCAUCAAUCGUCUAUAUCAUGGGACCAUUGUUAACCAGAUUGUUUGUAAAGAAUGUAAGAAUGUCAGUGAAAAGCAGGAAGACUUCUUAGAUCUAACAGUAGCGGUCAAAAACGUAACAGGUCUGGAAGAUGCACUCUGGAACAUGUAUGUAGAAGAGGAAGUGUUUGAUUGUGACAACUUAUACCACUGUGGAUCUUGUGACCGGCUGGUGAAAGCAGCAAAGUCGGCCAAAUUACGUAAGCUGCCUCCCUUUCUUACUGUUUCAUUAUUAAGAUUUAAUUUUGAUUUUGUGAAGUGUGAACGAUACAAGGAAACUAGCUGUUACACAUUCCCUCUUCGGAUCAAUCUCAAGCCUUUUUGUGAACAGAGUCAACUGGAUGACUUGGAAUACAUGUAUGACCUCUUCUCAGUUAUUAUACACAAAGGUGGUUGCUACGGAGGGCACUAUCAUGUGUAUAUUAAAGAUGUUGAUCAUUUGGGAAACUGGCAACUUCAGGAGGAAAAAAGUAAACCAGAUGUGAAUUUGAAAGAUCUUCAGAAUGAAGAAGAGAUUGAUGAUCCACUGAUGAUUCUAAAAACAAUCUUAUCACAGGAGGAGAGUAAUCUGAUUCUUGUUGAUCUGCUGGGCCAGAAAUUUUUGAAAAAGAUAGGAAUAUCUUGGAACAAGAAGUACAGAAAACAGUAUGGACCACUGCGAAAGUUCUUACAGCUUCAUUCUCAGAUCUUUCUACUCAGUUCAGAUCAAAGUAAAGUCAGUCUAUUGAAGAACUCUUCUCUGCAGGCUGAGUCUGAUUUGCAAAGGAAGGAUCAACAAAUUUUCAAGACACUUACUUCAGAAUCCCCAGGAUUAAAUGAUAGAACCUCCUGUUCCCACUGGUUUGAUAUAAAUGAUUCCAAGGUCCAACCCAUUGAGGAAAAGGAUAUUAAACAGCAAUUUCAGGGCAAAGAGAGCGCCUAUAUGUUGUUUUACCGGAAAUCCCAGUUGCAGAGACCACCUGAAGCUCGAGCUAAUCCAAGAUACAGGGUUCCAUGUCAUUUGCUGAAUGAAAUGGAUGCAGCCAACAUUGAACUGCAAACAAAAAGGACAGAAUAUGAUUCUACAAACAAUAUCUUUGAAUUGCAUCUCCACCUGGGCCCUCAUUAUCAUUUCUUCAAUGGAGCCCUGCACCCAGUAGUCUCUCAAACAGAAAGCGUGUGGGAUUUAACCUUUGAUAAAAGAAAAACUUUGGGAGAUCUUCGACAAUCAAUAUUUCAGCUGUUAGAAUUUUGGGAAGGAGACAUGGUCCUUAGUGUUGCAAAGUUUGUACCAGCAGGACUUCACAUCUAUCAGACACUUGAUGGAGAUGAUCUGACACUGUGUGACAUUGAAAUUGCUGAUGAGGAAGACAUCUUUGUAUGGAAUGGAGUGGAGGUUGGCGGAAUCCAGAUUCCCACUGGUAGCGACUGUGAACCUCUGCUUUUAAAUGUUUUUCAUCUGGCAACAGGCAGUGAAGAGUGUCGGCAGUUGGUAGAAUCUCCACAGGUCUUCCCAGCUAAUGCAGAAGUGGGCACAGUAUUCACAGCCUUAGCAAUUCCAGGAGGUGUCAUCUUCACCAGCAAUACUGCAUCUGUAGGUGGAGAGAGCUGGACUGCCAUUCCCAAGGAGGACUUGAAGAAGACAUUCAGAGAACAAGGCCUCAGAAAUGGAAGCUCGAUUCUGAUUCAGGAUUCCAGUAAUGAUAAUAACAGUUUGUUGACCAAACAAGGGAAAUGGAUCACUACUGUGAAUGAGGUUGACUGGGUCCAAGUUAAUAAUUUAUGUCAAUUAGAAUCUGAAGAGGAGCAAGUUAAAAUAUCAGCAACUGUUAACACAGUGGUGUUUGAUAUUCGAAUUAAAGCCAUAAAGGAAUUAAAAUUAAUGAAGGAACUAGCUGAGAACAGCUGUUUGAGACCUAUUGAUAGAAAUGGGAAGCUUCUUUGUCCAGUGCCAGACACUUAUACGUUGAAGGAAGCAGAACUGAAGAUGGGGAGUUCACUGGGACUCUGUCCUGGAAGAGCACCAACUUCCUCUCAGCUGUUCCUGUUUUUCGCUAUGGGAAGUGAUAUCCAGCCUGGGUCAGAGAUGGAAAUCAUAGUAGAAGAAACAAUCUCUGUGAGAGAAUGUUUGAAGAUAAUGCUGGAGAAAUUUGGCCUACCAGGUGAUACGUGGCACUUAAGGAAAAUGGAUUGGUGCUAUGAAGCUGGGGAGCCUUUGUGUGAAGAAGGUAAUAGAGGCAUAGGGUUCACAAACAAAAGUCCAGUGGUCUGUUUGUUCCUUGCAGAAGUCACAAGUAACAAAAAAGAAUUUCCGUAUUCCCAGGAUGCAACACUGAAAGAGCUUAUGCUAUGUUCUGGAGACACUCUGCUUUUAACUGAAGGAAAACUUCCUUCUCCGGGUCUCCUGAACGUGCCCAUCUGGUGGUACCAGCCUCCGGGGCCCAAGAGUCAGGGGAGGAGACACCUGGACCAGACGAACUGUGCCCCUUCUCAAGGCGGGGUCUGGAGAGCUACUUCCACCCCAGGUGCUGCUGGUGAUGUGCAUGCGGAUGUUCCCCUCCGCUACCUGGGAGACGUCAAAAUCUCAGAAGAUGCCACCUUAGGCGAGCUGAAGGCUCAGGCUAUGACCUUGCCCUCCUUGUCGGAGUUUUUCAUCCCGUCCCCUGCCUUCCUCAGAGCCUGGACAGUGGACAGUAAGCGCCCUGGGAGGCUUUUACGAAAAAACCAGCAGCAGCUCAGGGAAUAUAAGUUGGGGAGGAGAACUGAGAUCUGCUUAGAACCCCUUCAGAAAGAAGAACACUUAGGCCCUCAGGACAUGUUGCUGAGGACACAGAUGCGCCUCCCUGGCGAACGGGCAUAUGCCCUGCCCGUGGACGUGGUGUGGGACGCUGCCCGGGGCACUGCCAGCUCCCUGCGGCAGCGAGUGGCUGACUUCUAUUCCCUUCCUGUAGAGAAGAUUGAAAUUGCCAAAUACUUUCCUGACAAGUUUGAGUGGCUUCCAGUGUCCAGCUGGAACCAGCAAAUUACCAAGAGGAAGAAGAAGAAAAAGCAAGAUAAUUUGCAGGGUGCACCUUAUUACUUGAAAGAUGGAGAUAUUAUUGGUAUUAAGAAUCUCCUGGUGGAAGAGGACGAUGACUUCAGCACAGUCCGAGAUGACAUUAGGAGGGAGGACCCUGCUCUGGGAAAAAGGAAAAGCCAGGAAGCACUUCGCGUGCAGAGCAACGGCCUUCUCUCCAGUGCAGAGACACCUGGCCGGCCCCACAGACCAGAAGCUUCUCUGUCCAUCCACGUGGGGAGUUUCAGAUAGCACCGGCACCACUGAGGUCCCUGUGGGCUCAGGUCCAGUCGGGACUGGUACCAGGGCCUGGCCAGCAGCGGGCUCUGCCCCUGCCAACUUUGCUUGUGGUUCCGUGAGAGCAGGCUUGUAGGCUGCUUCCACUUUAUUAGAGGGACGUUUGGUCUCAGGCCAGGCAAGUGCACUUUCUCACCGGCCUGCACAGCAUGGCCACCGAGGGACUCCCAGCUGGGCUGUCUUACAGGUGCCAGUGAGACUGCACUGGACCCAGCCACCAGUUACAAGAACAUUGCCUAGUUCUGCAUCGACUCCAGGCUCGCAUAGCAUGUUGGCCAGUGAAGUGCACACAGUCCACUCUCCUCCCUUCACUGAUCAGACAACGUAGUAUCUGCACUCAGAGCUGAGAGCUCAGCACGCUGAUGGGCUGGCCAGGCUGGUGCAGGACACAGAGGGAGUCUGUUCUAGUUCAGAGUGUGUCGUCCAUGAUCAGAACGUUCCGGAAGCCUGUGCGCUGAGCUAAUGGUCCGAGAAACCUCUCCUGAAACAAACAAAGGAAACGUGCACAAGCUCCUUUUCCUCUCCCUUCAGCAUGGCCAGCUACGGAUUUAAAAGGUGUAACUGGCAUUUAUGACAAAUGCUGCAUCUGUGUUACGAACCGACUGACACUUAGGACACAGACGAUUCACUUAACUCAUUCAAAAGUGGGAUUCCUGAAAAGAAAGUAAAUUCUUCACUUUUAUGCCUCCAACAAGGCGAAGUAUGGUUACAACGUCACACAAAUCUCUCAUCAGCCCUUCAUCACCGACAUUGAGAUAGCACUUCCAUGUUCAGAGGUGGAUGGACGAGGUCUCCUGUCCCGCUCGCUGAGAGAGGAAGUGGACAUUGGGUUGGAUGAGCCCGCUUUUGCCUCCUGUCCCCCUUCCAGCCUCAUCGGAACCAGCUGGAACCCUCAGUCUCCUCCCUAUUUGUCUGAGGUUCUUGGGUCUAAACUGCUAAUUUGUAAGAAGUUGGACUUUCACUAGCAAGCUGCCCUCAUGUUCUCAACACUCGGCCCGUCUCAGGAUGCGCACUUGGGGUGGCGGCAUGUUUGUGAAGAUCCCGGACUGUGAGCUCAGUGUGGCUGGGAGCCCAGCCCUCCGAGCAAACUCUCCUGUUCCUUUUACUGUGACUGACAUGUCUCCUGCUGCACCCUUCGUGUCAUUUUAAGGUAAUGAAGUAAUGUAAUAACUGAAAGCUUUGCUGUUGAGAAGCCAGACACCUCACUGGAUGUGACUCACCAAGACAGAGGGGGAUGGGUGGGUGUGCCUUAGGGUCCGCAAUGAGCCGCUGGGGCCUCCAGCUCCCUUUUUUCUUAAAGUUGCGAUGCACUGGGGCUGCAGAGAGAGCUGUACAAUUUAAUAAAGAACAAAUAAAGUGUCUUCACGUUCCAUUUUAA